AUGUCGCAGAAUGCACCCGGUCACCACAACGUCGCAUCAGCUUCGAGCAUCACCGGAUUGGUCAUGUCCAGCGUAGCCUCUAAAGUUUCGGUUGCGAGUCCCACCUGUAACAGGAAUAAUAAUGCGUUCGUUGCAAGGCUUGUUCAACUCGCUGCCGCAUUGGCUCGUCCUAAUGCGGUGCAACGCGGCUCGCGCGCUAUACGUUGCGUCACCUGGUCGGAAAUUGCGAUACUGCGAGAAAUAUACGACAAUCUCACAUCAAAUGAAACAUGCGAGGAAACGGCAACAACUAUGCACCAAAUAAAUCUGGACCUCGAUCAGGUUGCUCGUCAGCAUCGACGUUAUAAAAUUCGAUACCACAAAGUUGAAGCCUGCAUCGAUGGUGGAGAUAAGAUCAGAUUAUCACCAACAUCUCCAAUGACGCCCCAAGCAAUAGACUCCUCGCUGACUUCACCAUCAUGCCUCGAUGUCGAAUUCGGGAUGGGCUUGUUGGUUGCCCACGAUUAUUAUGAAGUCCCUACGAAGGUUACGUCUCGAUUUGGGCUUCGCGGCAAAACUCCUAUGCUCAUUCACGGAGACUCACUCGUUCCUAUCGUGAUGGCGACGACGUUACCCGUGUACUGUUCAUGUGUCACCAGGACCGCCUCUGAGCGUCGACGUCCCUUCUCUAACACUAUGCGAACAGCCUAUGACUAUUGCGCUUUGAUGGAAUCACGCUCUACAAAGGUUCUCUUUCAUCAACUGUGA